AACAAUUUCUUAGAAAAGCAAUUUCUUCUUCAAGAACUUUUCAUUUGAAAUUCAAUUUUAUUCAGUUUAAUAUACUUCUGAAAGUUGAACAAACUAUAGAUAGAGCUUUAUUAAAUCUCUAUUCUAACCAAAAGCCUUUUAAUGAGAAAUAUUUUAGAAAUGUAAAAGUCCUUUCCGAAGUCGAAAUCACUAUUGAAAAUUGACGAAAAUGCGAAAUAUUUGUGAAACUGUUUCAUCGUGAUUAAUCCGAAAUGACGCUAAAGAGGAUUGCAUGGAGUUUAAGAGUAACAUUUGGAAGUAUUCGAUCGCGAUCUGUUAGUCAGCUGUCGACGAAACAUAAUGAAAAUGUUGAAGAUAAAAUGCAAGCUUGGCAGAUACAUUCCUAUGGUGGUUUAGAAGAACUCAAGUUUUCAAACGUCAGAAUUCCAAUGAUAGCUAGACCAACAGAUGUAUUGGUAAAAGUUGAAGCGUCUAGUGUAAAUGGAAUAGACAUUGCUAUGACAAGAGGAUACGGAGCAACAGUCUUAAAUUUCAUGCGAAGGGCAAAAAAUCUUACCAAUGGGCGAUACGAGAGUUUGGAACUUCCAUUGACAUUGGGCAGAGAUUUUUCUGGUACGAUAGCUUCCAAAGGACACGGUGUAGGUGACAGAUUAAAGUUGGGUGACAAAGUGUGGGGUGUUGUUCCAGUUGAACAACAGGGUUGUCAUGCAAACUAUGUAAUUGUAGAUAGUGCUUUGGUCGAUUUACAUCCUAAAAAUAUAUCUUACAUCGAGGCAGCUAGUAUAUUAUAUGCAGGGCUUACAGCAUGGUCUGCAUUAUGGCUUACCGGUGGAUUGUGUUAUAAAACUGUUAUACCUUCCAGAAACAACAAUAGAGUUUUAAUAUUGGGUGGUUCAGGUGGUGUAGGAACACUGGCGAUACAGCUCGCAAAACUUUGGAACAUGCAUGUUGUAACCACUUGCAGUAGCGACGCCGUUGAUCUAGUUGAAAAAGUAGGAGCUGAUGUUGCAAUCGAUUAUAAACUGAAUGAUGCAGAUUCCAAAAUAAGUAUGGAAGGACCAUACAACAUAAUUUUGGAUUGCGCUAAUCAAGGAUUGCAUCAAAUACGCUCGAAAGGUUAUCCUCACUCUACAUACAUAACGUUGAAUUCACCGUUAUUAAAAAAUAUCGAUGAACACGGACUGAUUGCCGGUGGUGUGAAAAACAUAGGAGAGUUAAUCAAAUAUAAUGUUCCAUCCAUCGGAAACAAAGGUUUCGUAAAAUGGGGCUUUUUCGUACCUUCUCAAAUAGGAAUUAGGACUCUUCGAGAAUACGUAGAAACUGGAAAGAUUGUUCCUGUGGUUGAAAAGGUAUAUCCAUUUCAAGAAUUACCGGUGGCGUAUAAUCGGGUGGCUCGAGGCCACUUACGGGGCAAAAUUGUUAUUGAUAUGAGAUAGCGGAAAAGAAACCUUAACAAACAGAAACUGCGUAAUUCGAUUAAAAUAGUAUAUAUUUUACAUCAAUAGAAAUUCAUUUAUAUUUUUUGUACAACACUUUGUAUGUUCCUUUUCGUAACGCGUAGCGACACAUCAGUUUCGAUGCCCACUUUAUCUCGAACUUCGUGCCAACAAACUUCAGCGAUUUCCGUUGCUCUUUCCUUGCCGUUUUUCAACACUUCAUUCAAAUAUACCGGUUCCUUGAUCAAUCUUGAGAAUUCUUCUCGUAUUGGAUGCAAUUUUUCUAUAAUUAAAUCUGCCAAUAAUAAUUUAUAUCUGUUUGAAAGAAAAAAGCGGAAAAAUGAAAUGAAACUCCAAACGAUGAUUAGAAAAUGUACGACAGAAAAUUUUCGGUCUUCAUACUUUCCAGUGUCCAAUCCUUUGACUUCCAAACAUAUUUGAUCCGGCAUUUUACCAGUCAGCACAGAAUGGAUGGUGAUCAAAUUGGCGACGCCAGGACGUUUCUCUGGCUCGUAAGUUACCUCGGAUGUAACAUCUGUGAUUGCCUUUUUGAUCCUGUCUAACAAAAUGUCUGGCUCAUCCAGAAUGUUUAUCUUGCUCUUCGGAUCGUUGCUCGAUUUAGACAUUUUCUUUGCAGGAUCGCGCAGAGAUUUUAUUCGUUGACUCGCAUUCUCUGUGAUACAAUGAUACGUGUGUGUGCGUGCGUGUAUAGUCGUUCACAUAUCUCCAGAGAGAGUAUGCGUGCAUGUAUGUUUAUCCAUUGUAAAAUAGUUUACCAUUUAUCAAGGGAUUUGGUAUGCAAAAAAUACAGCCAAAUUUCUUGUUAAACGAGACUGCUAACUCUCGUGCUAAUUCAACAUGCUGAAUUUGAUCUUGUCCACAAGGAACAUGGGUUGUUCUGUAUAAUACCGUUUGUUUCAAUUAACUUUUUUGAGAAAGUAAUUUCAAUGAGAACAAGUAUUUGUUCCAUUUCAUACAAAACAUUUACCUAUACAGUAAUAUAUCGGCUGCCUGUAGAACAGGAUAGAUGUAUAAACCUAAUGGGAUAUUUUUUAAUGUUUUGCUUUUCUCUCUAAACUGAGGUAAACGCCCUAAUCUCGCUAAAGUUGUUACACACCCGAGCACCCAACAUAACUCUGUGUGCAUAGGCACAGCAGAUUGUUGAAACAGUAUACUCUUUUUAGGGUCUAUGCCACAAGCUAACAAUGUUGCCGUCGUUCUUAUUAUGCUGCCGUGUAAUUGUUUAGGAUCCUAAGAUAUAUGCUUUUAGUGGAGAUUUUGCGAUUAAAAAGUUAAAUGCACGAAUAUUUUUAUACAAGUAUAUAUUAUUAUUUUUUAUAUGUAUGAAAUUGUAAUGUUCUACAUGUUCAUUUCAAAACUCACGUGCGGCAUAGUCAUAGAAUGCAAAUCAGCUACACUCCAAAGAACAUUUUCCUCUUCAUCCUGUAAUUGUACCCACUUUUUAAUGGUGCCCAAAUAAUUACCUACAUGAAUAUCCCCGGUAGGUUGAA